CAAAAACUUAGUUAGUUUGUGUGGAUCAGCAGAAGAGUAAACUUGUUGUGGCUCGAGGAAAAAGAAGACAACAGUCAAGUCAAGCAACAACAUAUUUUCUUGUUGUUGUUUUCCGUUUUUUUUUGUAAACAAUAAUUACUUACUACUGGCGGUGGUAUACUUAUAGAGUGGCAUACCAAAAACCAAGCCAAACUAAACAAGGGCUUGUACAGCAAGCUAACAACAACAACUACAAACAUUUUAUAGAAAGUUUGAAUUUUUUCACAAUUUUUAUGUAAUUAUGACGGAUGCAGAGAAUUUGGUACAGGAACAGGAAGUAGUUAAAAAACUGUGUUUUGAAGGAGCCUGGGCUUGGGCUAUAGAAAUUUUCUUUUGGAUUUGUGUAGCAGCCUUGAUUAUGUAUCUUUUAAGAAGAAUUAUUGAAGGACCUUUUUAUCGUAAACCUAAUCGUAUAGAUGGCAAGGUGGUUAUUGUAACCGGCUGCAAUACUGGUAUUGGUAAGGAGACCGCUUUGGAAUUGGCUAGAAGAGGUGCCCGUUUGUAUAUGGCCUGCAGAGAUGCGGCCCGUUGCGAGGCAGCCCGUUUGGAAAUCAUAGAACGUACACAAAAUCCCAAUGUUUUUAAUCGCACCUUGGAUUUGGCUUCUUUAUCUUCGGUAAGACAAUUUGCUGAACGUUUUUUGGCCGAGGAACAAAGACUGGAUAUUUUGGUUAAUAAUGCUGGGGUAAUGGCCACUCCACGCAAGCUAACAGCUGAUGGUUUUGAGCAACAAAUAGGUAUUAACCACUUGGGUCAUUUUCUUUUAACUAAUCUAUUAUUGGAACGCCUUAAAUCAUCUUCACCCAGUCGUAUAGUCGUGGUUAGUUCAGCCGCCUAUAUAUUUGGUCGCAUUAAUAAGUCUGAUCUAAUGAGUGAGAAAUCGUAUUCGAAAUUUUUUGGUGCCUAUGCUCAAAGUAAAUUGGCUAAUAUCUUAUUUACCCGUAAAUUAAGUGAAAUAUUAAAUGGCUCCAAUGUCACUGUCAACUGUCUACAUCCCGGUAUAGUACGCACCGAAUUAAUGCGUUAUAAUACCUGCCCCAAAACCUGGAAUGUACUCAAGACCAUGAUAAAUGUGUUCAUACGUUCCCCCAAGGCUGGUGCUCAAACUUCUAUAUUUUUGGCUUUGGAUCCUAAAUUGGAAUGCAAGACAGGUGGUUUCUACUACAAUGCUUUAAGAUUCCCCGUUUUGCCUAAAGCCGCCGAACAAGAAAUGGCCGAUUGGUUGUGGCAAGAAAGUGAAAAAUUAGUAGGUUUACCGGCUAGCAUUAAGGCCAAGGAACCAGAGCCAGAGAAAACCUCUGCUAUGGAAUCGGUUAAGGUUAUUAAAGAAGAGGAAAAGUGAGUUUAAAGACCUUGCUAAUAAAACCAGUGUCUUAGUGUCUAAAUGCUUUAAUUUCUUAAUUUACUUUAUUUAAAUUAAAUAUUUUUUAUUUUAUUUAAUUUUCUUUUUAUAAUUUAUUGCGAACAAAAAUUGUUUAGUAUUUAUUUGUAUUAUUAAAUAAAGUACAAUUUU